AGUGCUGCUGCCACCCCCAUGAGUUCCCCACCAAUGAAUAUCUUAUUUAGCUGACUAACAUCUUGGCCCCUUUUAAUACCCCCCAUUCAUUCAACCCAACCACAGCGCAGAACUCAUGGACAACAAGAAGAAGACUCUUGAGGUUGUUGAUGAUGGGUUCCGCAAAAAUCUGGAUGAUGACGGACGUGAAAAACGAACAGGGACUUUGUUGACUGCAAGCGCACAUAUCAUUACGGCUGUGAUAGGAUCUGGAGUGCUCUCUCUGGCAUGGGCUAUCGCCCAGUUAGGUUGGGUUGCUGGUCCCGCCGUUCUCAUGGCCUUCUCCUUCAUCACCUACUUCACCUCCACCCUCCUCGCUGACGCCUAUCGAUCCCCAGACCCCGUCUCCGGCAAGCGUAACUACACCUACAUGGACGUUGUUCGUGCCAAUCUAGGAGGCAACAAGGUGCAGUUAUGUGGAAUAGCUCAAUAUCUAAAUCUUGUGGGCGUCACCAUUGGAUACACCAUCACUGCAUCUAUCAGUAUGGUGGCGGUGAACAAAUCAAACUGUUUUCACGAGGAGGGGCAUGCAGCGAGCUGUAAACAGUCAAAUUAUCCAUACAUGAUAAUAUUUGCAGCAAUUCAGAUUAUAUUAAGCCAGAUCCCCAACUUUCACAAGCUCUCUUGGCUCUCCAUACUCGCUGCCGUCAUGUCUUUUGCUUACUCUUCCAUUGGCCUUGGCUUAUCCAUAGCUAAAGUGCUUGGCGGCGGCCGGGGUGAUGUAAGGACCACCCUAACAGGAGUAGAAGUAGGAAUAGACGUAUCCGGACAAGAGAAAGUUUGGAGGACCUUUCAAGCCAUCGGUGACAUUGCUUUUGCUUAUGCUUAUUCUACUGUUCUUAUUGAGAUUCAGGACACGUUGAAAUCAUACCCGCCAGAAAACAAGGUGAUGAAGAAGGCGUCAUUGGCGGGAGUCUCAACGACAACCAUAUUCUACGUGCUAUGUGGGUGCCUUGGCUAUGCUGCAUUUGGAAAUGACGCACCAGGCAACUUCCUCACUGGCUUUGGCUUCUACGAACCCUUUUGGCUUAUUGACUUUGCCAACGUGUGCAUCGCUGUCCACCUUAUUGGUGCAUACCAAGUGUUUUGCCAGCCUUUGUUCGGCUUCUUUGAGAUCAAGUGUAGACAGCAAUGGCCAGAUAGCAAGUUCAUAACAGCCGAACACAUUCUAAACGUCCCCUUUUAUGGAGAAUACUAUGUUAACAUGUUUAGGCUGGUGUGGAGAACGGGUUAUGUGAUACUCACAGCGCUCAUAGCCAUGAUCUUUCCCUUCUUCAAUAGCUUCUUGGGGUUGAUAGGGGCAGGUUCUUUCUACCCAUUGACAGUGUACUUCCCGAUAGAGAUGUACAUUGCUCGGGCUAAGAUACAAAGGUUUUCCUUGACAUGGGUGUGGUUAAAGAUACUAAGUUGGGUUUGCUUGGUGGUUUCGUUGGUUGCAGCAAUUGGAUCUGUUCAGGGGCUGUUAACAGAUGUCAAGAAGUAUAAACCCUUCCAGACUGAAUGAACCUGCUGCUUAUUAUUAUUGUAAUAAUACAAGGCACUGCAUGUACUGUAUAAUAUAAGAACUUGCUUGUUUUAACUAAGACUACAAACUUUGUUAAUUUACCUCA